AUGGAUGCUCUGCUGAAGCUUUUCCACUUCCUCCUGCUCUCUCUUUCCUCCACCCUCUCCGCUCCAAGCACAUCCUCCGCCUCCGUAAUCGGCGUCACUUACACUUCUCCUCUCCCCUCGCCGCCAUCCUCCUCAACCGAUGGCAAUUCGUCGUUGCCGACUCCUCCGCCACAGCAGCGCGCCCAUCCAGAGAAGAUCGUCUCCGCCGUCUCCGAUCUCCGCUUCGGCGCCGUCCGCCUCACGCAUCCCGAUCCCAACCUCGUCAGAGCCUUCGCCUUCACCAACACCUCCCUGCUUCUUUCAAUUCCCAACGGCCUCCUCCCCCCGCUGGCUUCCAAUCGCACUCUGGCCGUCAACUGGCUCCGCGCCCACGUCCUCCCUUUCUAUCCGCGCUCCAAGAUCGCAACAAUCUCCGUCGGAGAAGACGCAGUCGCCGCCCCGCAGAUCUCGUUCCUGCUGCCUGCCAUACGCAACGUCCACCUCGCGCUCAGAGACAUCGGAAUCAGAUCGAUCUCCGUCUCCACGACAUUUUCCUUCAUCAAAAUCGUGACGACGGCGUUCCCUCCCUCGGCGGCCACUUUCCAGGAGCCGAUCGGCGAGGCGGUGAUUCGGCCGCUGCUCCAGUUCUUGGAAGACACCAACUCUUCCUUCUUGGUGAAUCUUUACCCGUACAACAUGUACAGAUUGCACUUUCAGAUCCCGCUCGGAUUGGCUCUGUUUCAGGGAGGCAAUUUCAAUUUCCGCGACGAUUUGGCCACUGGAGUCCGGUACCUCAAUCUGUUCGAUAUGAUGGUGGAUGCUGUCGUCACUUCCAUGGCGGUCGCCGGCCACGAGAACAUCCCCUUGGUCGUUGCCGAGACGGGAUGGCCAAGCUCGGCAGUAGACAGCGCCGCCGCCGACGCCGACGCGAAUCCGGCGUACGCUGAGUUGUACUUGAAGUCGUUGGUGGCACACUUGAUCUCCGGCAAGGGAACGCCGCUGAGGAAAGAAGGGGUGGCGCAGGCCUACAUCUACGAGCUGGUUGAAUCCGAUCCGAAGCAGCAGCUGCCGCUGCAGCAGGGGGCGCACAAUUGGGGCAUUCUACACCCAAACAUGAGUAAGAAGUAUCACUUCGACUUCUCCUCUGCCUCUAGGAACAACACCAUUCCUUUGGGGAGAUUGCUUCUUCUGUCCACAGUUGUGCUCGCAUCUUUGUUGUUCCAGUAG